AUGAGGCAACACAAUAUCCUCCUUCUCACCAUUGCCAUUGUCAUUUGCACCACUGCUACACCCACCACUGCAAGGGAAGCAGUAUCUGAUGUAGCAACCGGUGGAUUUAAACAAAUUCCAGACAUCAAUACCCAGGAGAUCCAAGAGAUUGGCAGGUGGGCUGUGGCUGAGCACACAAGGCAAGCGAGCGAUGGGCUCCAGUUCAAGCGGGUUGUGAGCGGCAUGCAACAAGUUGUGUCAGGCAUGAACUUUAAGCUCCGCAUUGAAGCAGUGAACGGUGACGGCAAAGAGGGCAUGUACAGAGCGGAAGUAUAUGACCAGCCAUGGACCAAGACACGCGAGCUGGAUUAUUUUGUUCCAACCAACUGA